UUCACUCUGCCGUACAAUGUACUUUUAGUUUCGCAUUUCCACUGAUCUUGAACUGUAACUCUUUCAGCACACUUUGCCAAAGUGUGAACAAUAAUAUCCUGAAAGAAACAUUAAUGACAACAAACGAAGAAAAAAUGUAUGCCACAAUCAUCAGAUGAGGCGAUACCAAUUCUACAGAAGUCGAUGCGGUCCAUCCACAGCAUACGUAAGAGCGCUACUUCAUAGUGCACAUUAUCAGAGCGCCUACCCACAGACCCAAGUCAAAUGCUGAGGCGCGUAACAGUGUAAGUGUAAGUUCGCAGGUAGGAGCGCGCAUUUCGGUCUUGACUCUGAUACUUCUUGACUUCGACGUGCUAUGCCUUCCGAAAUUUUGGUUGGAGAGGGGGAAGGACAGGAUGGAGAACAAGGCGACUGAUGUCUGUAUGGGCUGAAGACAAGAGCGCGCUAUGGAGAUGACCGCUCGCUUCGCGCACUUGGACACCAAGGUGGAUGGCAGAAACUGUGAUGGACUUGUCAACCACAACGGGGAAACGAUGGAGAUCAGAGUACCGCUGUCUCACACGGGGAAGAGACUCAGUCCAAUCGAGGGGGGAAAUCUGUACAGACUGCGUGACAGAAAGUUCCUUUUGGAGGACAAGAAGCGCCUUUGCGCCUGGGCACUGGGAACCGCUUUGUUGGGCAUUUUGCUGAUGGUAUUACAUGCUGAGCUGUGCCCAGUGGUGUAUCAACCAGGAUCCAUAUAUGCCCUCUCCAUAAAUGGUCUCAUCAGUUUCUCCACGGGGUGUUUGCUCAUUCUCAUCAUCGCCUUCCAUUAUAAAGACAUCAGACUUUUCAUCAUUGACCACAACCAGGUGGACUGGCGCAUUGCCAUGACCAGUAACCGGGUGCUUGGCAUCUCCCUGGAGCUCAUUGUCUGUGCUAUCCAUCCCGUGGCUAUCUACCUGAGGCCAGAUAUGGAGGAAAGACAAGGGGGGAAGCCGGAGCAAAAUUCCUCUACCCCCCUCUGCUUGUCCUCCAGUCACAAAGAAGUCAUGCUGGACGUGGAGCUGCUGCUGUCGGCACUCAUGUUCCUGAGACUGUAUCUCGUGCACAGAGCCGUCCUGUUACACAGCAAGGUGCUCCUCAGCGCCUCGUACAGGAGCAUCGGUUCCCUCAACAACAUCAACUUCACCUUCCGCUUCGUGCUCAAGGUGCUAAUGAAUAAGUACCCGGCCCGCACGCUGCUGGUCUUCAUUAUGUUCUUCUGGCUUUCGGCAGCUUGGAUGCUGCGACUGUGUGAAAGGCAGCAACAGGUAGAGACAGGUGGCAUGGACACAGCACUGUGGCUCAUAGCCAUCACCUUUCUCACAGUGGGAUACGGAGACGUGUCCCCUCACACCAGCUGUGGCAAGGUGGUGUGUCUCUUCACAGGCGUCAUGGGUGUGGCAUGCACUGCUAUGUUGGUAGCAGUCAUGACUAAGAAACUGGCGCUUAACAAAGGGGAGAAACAUGUGCAUUUCUUCAUGAUGGACAUUCAGAUCUCCAAACGGAUUCGGCAUGCAGCAGCCAAUGUGCUAAGAGAAUGUUGGCUGCUUCAUCGCACCACCCAGACAAAAGACAACAGCGGAGAGCAUCGUCAUCACCAGAGAUGCCUGCUGGAGGCCAUCCGUGUAUUUCGUCACUUGCGGUUGAAGCAGAGGAAGUUGAGGGAUUUUGCCAGUGAGAUGGUGGAUCUCUCAAAGAUGCAGAUGAUCAUGUGUGAUCUGAGUGCAAACUGGAACAGCUCUUACCAUGAGCUUGAGCAGCGAAUCAUCUCCAUGGAGCAGAAGCUUGACGAGCUGGGACGCUCCUUCCAAAACACCUCCGAGCUGCUCACACAGGCGCUACAUCGCCGAAGGCUGGACCACAGGUGACCUGUGACAUCUCUUUGGAAGGCUAAUGUAGUCUUCAUCUUCUGAGUGUUCUUCAAACCUCUUGAACUGAUGGAGGAACUUCAUGAUGAACUUAAAGAGCAGCAGCAACCACAGCAGACAACGUUUUUUCUGAACAGACGUUCCGUCGUGUAUUUAUGAACGUUUCCUCAAUGCCACAAAAUGAACUUGGGAAAACGUUUUGGUUACUUUUUUAACUUUUGACUUAUGAUUUUGAGUUUCAGAACUAUGAGAUGGAGAUUCUGGUGUUGCACCAAGGAACAAACAAUUUCUUGUAAAGCAAGCGCACAGGCCUCCGUCCAAUGUAUAUCAGUGCGAAAGUCACAGAAGGAACGUUAAACUUUAAAAAUACCAUCAGCCUUUCUGUAGUUCCUGUUUCAAAUUCACGCUGAGGAAGUUAGUCAUUAUUGAACUGAAGAAAACACCUGAGGUUCAGAUGUUCAGUCUUAGAUUUGGGAAGUAUGAUUCUUGGUAAUAACUUAAUGACUCUAAUUUGAUACACUAUUUUCCAGUUACAUUUAAAUGUGCGUACAACCAGGUCAUGACACACUGAUAAAGGUUUUUGUAACUUCCUGGUAACUUUUCCAAAGGUAAGUCAAAUAAAUUGUUGUUAGGUGUCAGACUUCCUCACAGACUAUUGCCCUUGCACACUGAUAUUUUUAGAAGGAACCUAAUUCAGGCAGAGCCACCUGCACCCACAGCGCCCCUAUAAAAAAUCUGUGAAAUGACUUGAAUUUCCAUCAGCCCUUUAACCUGACAGGGCAUCUGUUGAAUGACGGCAUGUGGCGGCUCUAA